UCUAUGGUGACAGCCCAAACAAUCGAUCACCGAGCAUAUACUCAAGAUGGCAGGUCUGUCUUUAUAUUUUGAAGAUAGCCAUGAUGAUUUGGAUGACUUCGGGUUUGAUGACUACGGAUCAGAGUGCGACGGGAUUCGGAUCACAGCUUUUCUGGAUGCAGGGCAGGACAAUCUCACCCCCCUGGGGAGACUAGAGAAAUACGCUUUCAGCGAAAAUGUCUUCAACAGGCAGAUCGUGGCACGCGGGUUGCUUGAUGUGCUUCGAGAGUUCAGUGACAAUGAGAAUGACUUUAUCAGUGUCAUGGAGACAGUUGCCCGAAUGUCUGAAGAUGGAGAGCCCACAGUGCGCGCUGAGCUGAUGGAGCAGGUGCCCAACAUCGCAAUGUUCCUACACGAGAGCCAGCCCAACUUCCCAGCAGCCUUCUCCAGAUAUCUGGUGCCCAUCGUGGUUCAUUAUCUCACAGACCCCAAUAACCAGGUGAGGAAGACCAGUCAGGCGGCCCUGUUGGUGCUGUUAGAGCAGGGCCUCAUCUGCAAAGGCGACAUGGAGACCAAGGUGUGUCCUGUUCUACUGGACCUCACCGAGCCCAGCAGCGACGACGACUACAAGAUAGAGGCCGUCGCGAUCAUGUGUAAGCUGGUAACCAUGCUGAGCAAAGAGACCGUGGAGCAGCUGUUGCAGCGUUUCUGUGAGCUGUGCAGCGACGCCAGGCUCUUCCAAGUCCGCAAGGUGUGUGCAGCCAAUUUCGGAGAGUUCUGUUCCAUUGUGGGCCGGGAUGCCACAGAGAAACUACUGAUGUCCAAGUUCUUUGACCUGUGCUCUGACAGCCUGUGGGGCAUCCGGAAGGCGUGCGCCGACUGCUUCAUGAUCGUCUCCAACUCCACCUCCCCUGAGGUGCGACGCACUAAACUGUCCCCCCUUUUCAGUAGCCUCAUCAGUGACCAGUCUCGCUGGGUGCGCCAGGCUGCCUUCCAGUCUUUGGGACGCUUCAUCUCCACCUUUGCCAACCCCUCCAGCACGGGCCUCUACUUCAAAGAGGACGGCACGCUGCUGGAGGUCCCCACGUGUCCCUCUGACAGCAAUUCCCCCCUCUGCAUAGAGUCCUCCAACGGCCCCACAGUGAGACCCUCACACACACCCAUUAACCAAGAUGGCCGCUCCACCCCAUCGCUAGAAUCCAUGUCCAGGGGGAACAGCGGUAGCGACUCCACACACACUCCUCCCCAAAACCAACACGAAGGCCAGGCGCGCAACAACAACAACAUUCCUCCCACAAAUAAUAUAAACAAGGAGACGGAACAAACAGACCAGAAUUUUAACUCUUUCCUCUACUGGAGGCCUCCGUUAGUGGAUAUCAGCCAGGAGCUGGAGAUGCUGAAGGGCCAGGGUCCUCUGACUCGGACAGAGGGAGAAAAGGAGGAGGAGGUGGUGGUGUCCAGUCUGGAUCCAGCCACCUGCUUUCAAAUCCAGAAGGUAUUGGACUGCCUCCAGCCCCACAUGGACGACCCUGAUGUACAAGCCCAAGUACAGGUGCUCUCAGCCGCCCUAAAGGCUGCCCAGCUGGAGAGCCAGUCUGAGGAGGAGGGUCAGUCAGAGAGCCAGUCUGAGGAGGAGGGCGGGUCAGAGAGCCAGACACCAGAGGGUGGAGAACCAGAUGAGGAGUCCUCCCAGAACAGAGUAGAGACACAGACACCUGAGCCACCAACCCAGCAGGCCAAGGACCCAGCACCCACAGAGGAACAGAAAGAGGCAGAAGCUGAGACUGAGAAGGAGCCAGAGCCUUAUGAGUCACCCCCCAACUCGCCUGUCCUAGUACGGGAGGACUCGGACCACAGCAGCGUGGAGCCGGAGCUGAUGGAGAGCCUGGAGGGGAAAGAGGACUCUGCUUUCAACCAGGUGUGUGAGGAGAAGUCCAAGGUCCAGAAUGUGAUUCCCCAGCAGCUGCUGGACCAGUAUCUUUCCAUGACGGACCCGGCGCAGGCCCAGACGGUGGACACUGAGAUCGCCAAGCACUGUGCGUUCAGCCUACCUGGCGUGGCCCUCACCCUGGGCCGGCAGAACUGGCACUGCCUAAAGGACACGUACGAGACCCUCGCCACCGACGUACAGUGGAAAGUGCGCCGGACGCUGGCCUUCUCCAUCCACGAUCUGGCCCUGAUCCUGGGGGACCAGCUGACGGCGGCCGACCUGGUGCCCAUCUUCAACGGCUUCCUUAAGGACUUGGACGAGGUGCGCAUCGGGGUGCUCAAACACCUCUAUGACUUCCUCAAGCUGCUCCAUGCAGAGAACAGGAGAGAGUACCUGUACCAGCUUCAGGAGUUCAUGGUGACGGACAACAGCCGCAACUGGAGGUUCAGAUACCAGCUGGCCGAGCAGCUGAUCUUGAUCAUGGAGUUGUACAGCCACGAUGAUGUGUAUAACUACCUCAGACAAAUAGCACUAACCCUCUGCUCAGACAAAGUGUCAGAGGUCCGGUGGAUCUCUUACCAGCUGGUGGUGGAGAUCUUACGGAAGAUGUAUGCGUGUGGAGCCCACGAGCUGGGCCUGAACUUCAGCAACGAGCUCAUCGUCCGCUUCUGCCACUGUCCAAAAUGGGUGGGCCGCCAGGCCUUUGCCUUCAUCUGCCAGGCCAUCGUGGAGGAGGACUGUAUGCCCAUGGACCAGUUUGCCCAGCACCUCCUCCCCAGUCUCCUCAGCCUGUCGUUGGACCCCGUGGCCAACGUCCGCGUGCUGGUGGCCAAAGCACUGCGGCAGAGUGUCAUGGAGAAAGCGUACUUCAAAGAGCCGGGCAGUGCCUACUUAGAAGAGCUGGAGGAGACGGUGAUGACCCUGCAGGCGGACAAGGACAGAGACGUACGCUUCUUUGCCAGCCUGGACCCCGACAUGGUGCUUAUGGACACUUCUGCUUUAAUCUAGAACCUUCCAGCCUGCUCCAACACACAGCCAAUAACUAUCACCAGCAUCAGACCUGACCAGAACACUCGCCUGCAGGAAAUAAAGGCACUGAUACAAGAAACAUACAUAGAAUCAGUCAUGUGCUCUCUCUCUGUCUCUCUCACACACACACACGAUCUGAAAACCGCACCUCGCUAAGCUAAAACAGCCACCGCAAAAUGGCAUCGGAUUCCAGGUGGAAAACAACCCACCAUGCGGCUCGGCUAGCGUCCCGACGUCGAGUCACCUCAACCCAUCUGUAUCCAGCUGGUUCUCUCAGGUCCUCUGGUUUCAUCACGGUUUCUCUCUCUCUUUUCAUCUUGUCUUCAAUGACCUCCGUAACCACUACUGCUUAGGAGAAGGAACAACCGCACCACUUGGCACGAAACAAAAUAUGUUAAUGAACUCGUGGCAUCUUCCCUCUGUGUGUUUACUAUGUCAAUAAUGUGAUCCAAGUCCCCCAGAGACCAAUGAAAUACCUCUGAUUGGACAUAACUCAGGCCAGUUUCGCCAUAGGGGCGUUUAGCUUAUAGAAUGAGGUACAGCACUUUAGAAUGCCACAGAUAGAAAUGGAAUGUAUAGAUAGACUCACUAGAAUUGUGAUUCUUCUAUAUACAAUGCAUCUGUACAUUCUGUAACGUUGCUCUCCCCUGAAUAAACCUCGGGUGUCAGCGGCACCUCUGGUGUCAGCGGGACCUCUGGUGUCAGCAGGACCUCUGGUGUCAGCGGGACCUCAGGUGACAGUCAAUUUUGCAUCCCAAAUGGCACCCUAUUCCCUAGUUUGUUUUAAACCUGUAGUAAGAAGAAGCAGAAAAAGAGUGAUAGUUUGGUAAAGACCUGUGAAGCACUCCCCCCUUAUCCACCGUGUAGGCCAUCAUUGUAAAUAAGAAUUUGUUCUUAACUGACUUGCCUAGUUAAACAAAGGUUAAAUUAAUUUAAAAAAAAUGUAAAUCCACUUCAACAUUGUGGAUUCCAAUCCCAUUUUGGCUUUUCAGUCAGACCACUGCACUGACCACAAUCAAUUGUACAGUAUAGGAAUGGUUGUGUGGCCUGGGUUUGUGUUCCAAGACGCUCUGACUAGUAAAUCUCAUUAGUAGUGAAAUAAGUAUGUUGGAGAAUAAAUAACUUCCAUUGUAUAGCUUAACCUGUAUAGCCAGGGGAUCCAAGGCCAGUUUUAGGGUUUUCUGUAGAGACAUGAAUGUGGAUAUAAUGAGAGCUGUCACUUUUGUAGUCUUUUUUUCUCUCUUUUUUUUCUCACCUGUUCACAUGGCAACCCAUUUUUGACCAUAAACACGACUUGAGAUCCUAAACUGAUUGCGGUGUGGCGUGCAUCUCAAGUCUGUCUUCCAUCUUAUGGAAAUGUUCACUUCUGUAGACUACCUAACGCAUCACACCUGUCAGCAAUUUUCCCCAUCUUGUUUUUCUUUAUGGUAGAACUAUUAAUAUAUAUGCAUUUUAUGAAAUGUAUUUUUCUUUUCAAAUAUGUACCAUUGUUCAAAGAUUUUAUAUCCGAACUUUGCAUUUCACAACCUUUGUAACAUUCAAUCAUUUCUUUAAAAUAUUUUUUAUGUAAUGUUAUUUUUAGCAUUCUGUAAUUAAAUUUAUAAUAUAAAUCAGAAAAAUCAAGACAUGUGUAGCCUGUCUCCAAACUACCUUGUAUAACCAACAAAUGAAUUGUGCAAAUGAGUGUCAUAUCAUUGUCACAAAGGUUCAAAACACCUGCAGCACAAAUUUUUUAUAAAUAUAAAACUCAGCUAGGUGAGUUUUCCAUGAAGAAGAAUUGUUACUUGCUUCUUUAAAAGUAUUUUUUUUGCGAGACUUGAAGUUUGACACGUAAAGUGAAGCUGUGAAAUAUAGUCAGUAAAAUCUAUGUUCUGAUUACUACCGACAGACUACUACACUGAACAAAAAUAUAAACGCAACAAUUAAAGUGCUGGUCUCAUGAUUUAUGAGCUGAAAUAAAAGAUUCAAGAAAUGUGUCAUACGCA